AUGUCAUCCACAAAUUGGACCACGCUCCACCCUUCCUCCUUUAUUCUUCUUGGGAUCCCAGGCCUGCAAGAUUUUCAUAUCUGGAUCUCCAUCCCCUUCUGCUCCAUCUACGUAAUCGCCCUUUUGGGGAACUGCUUUCUUCUGGGGGUUAUCAAGAGCGAGCCAAGCCUCCAUGAGCCCAUGUACUUGUUCCUCUGCAUGGUGGCUGUUGCAGAUCUCAUUGUCUCCACCUCCACUGUACCCAAAAUGCUCAGCAUUUUCUGGUUUCAGGAUAGGAGCAUCCAUCCUGAUGCCUGUUUAGCCCAAAUGUUCUUGAUCCAUUCCGUUUCCAUCAUGGAAUCUGGAUUCUUUGCCGCCAUGGCCUUUGAUCGCUAUGUGGCAAUAUGCAACCCACUGAGGCACUCUGCCAUCUUGACCACCCGUGUCAUCGAAGGUGGCUUGGCAGUUUUGAUCCGAGUGACUGUCCUCCUCUGCCCCCAUCCCUUUCUCCUCAAGUGGCUCCCAUUUUGCAGGGGCAAUACCAUCGCUCACACCUACUGUGAGUUCAUGUCCCUAGUGAAACUGGCAUGUGCUGACACUCGGCUUGCCAACGUUUUCAGCUUGAUUGUGGCCUUUCUAACAGGUGGCCUGGAUUUAAUCUUCAUCAUGACAUCCUACAUCUUGAUUCUCCAGGCAGUGUUCAGGCUUCCCUCCAAGGAGGCACGUAUCAAAUCUCUUGGCACUUGUGGGUCUCACUUCUGUGUGAUCUUGAUAUUCUACACUCCAGCAUUUUUCUCCUUUCUUACUCACCGAUUUGGCCACAGGAUUGCUCCCAGUGUCCACAUCAUCGUUGCCAACCUCUAUAUCCUGGUUCCACCCAUGAUGAAUCCCAUCAUCUAUGGUGCAAGGACAAAAAAGAUCCGGGAAAGCGUCCUUCAGAUCUUCUGGAUCUCAUUUUCAGGAAAUGGAAAGGGCAAUACCAUCGCUCACACCUACUGUGAGUUCAUGUCCCUAGUGAAACUGACAUGUUCUGACACUCGGCUUACCAAAGUUUUCAGCCUGACUGUGGCCUUUCUAACAGGUGGCCUGGAUUUAAUCUUCAUCAUGACAUCCUACGUCCUGAUUCUCCAGGCAGUGUUCAGGCUUCCCUCCAAGGAGGCACGGAUGGAAUCUGCGGUGCUCUUGGCCAUGGCCUUUGACAGGUACGUGGCCAUCUGUGACCCUCUGAGAUAUGCCACCAUCCUGACCAAGGAGCAG